AUGCAUCAUACGAAUCAUUCGGAAUCAUUGCAACAAUCAUCCGAAUUGAAAAGGAAAUCAUGUGAUGAUCAAGAAUGGGAAGGUGAAGAUUUUGGACCAGUAACCUGGCAAGAAUUAUCCAAUAUGCGACGUAAUUCGGUUAUCUUAUUCAGUAGUGAACUUUAUCCAACAAAGAUAUCCGAAUGGUCAUUACGAGCAGAACCAGGAAGGGAUAAUAAAUAUUACAUUUGUGUAUUGUGCAGAAGACUUCAGGAUCGUGGGAAACGCUUAAUACCACCAGUGAAAUUUGGUCCACCAGCUCGUAUUCUUGUUCGUAAUGGACGUUUUUUAACGCAUCCAGAUUAUCCUCGUACACCGCACAUAUGUGGAUUUGGUGAUAAUCCAAUGUCUGAUCGUGCAAUUGUUCUUGCACGACGUGCAAUGAUUCGUGCACGAACAGAAAUUAGUGAAGAUGGCAUGACACCACGAGAAAAAAUCAAUCAAGUUUUAAUCAGUUUUAGAGAGGAUGGAAAAUAUUCAAAUUUAAGUGCUGAAGAAAUAGAACAAAUGGAAGAUAUGGUAUUGGGACGUAUACAUGGACGUAUGUGGUCAGAAUCGAGUUCCAUACGAUCAUUAUACAUUAAUCGCCGUAAAUUAAUUGCUGCUAAUCGCAGUAAUAAACCGCGUAAAGUUUACGAAUGCCCAAUGGUGGAUUGUGAUUUCUUGACAUUUGCAUCUGGUAUGAUCGACAUUCACAUGAAUGAAAAGCAUCGUAUUGUUAAUGAUUCCAAUACAGUUGAUUCAUCACCUUUUGAGGCAGAAUAUUUGGUUUCAACAGAUAGAAACGAUGAAGUGGGCAUAUCGAAUCUGUCGAGCCAAAUACCCACACAAAAUGCUUCAGUUUACCCAUCUGCAGCGAUAGAUCUAGAACUAAAUCCAAUUUGCUACCCUGAAGGAGAUUACGGUCCAGUCAUAUACGAAGCUCUUUCUUGCCAGCGACGUAAAUCUAUCAUCUUAUUCGAGAGUAGACGUUAUCCGAAUAAAAUUUCUGAAUGGGCCUUGAAGAUGCCAACAAAUGAUACGACAAUGUAUUACACAUGUGUGUUGUGUCGCAGACUUAAAGAUAAAGGUAAACGACAAGAACCACACGUCAAGUAUCCUCCUCCGGCUAGAAUUGUGGUACGUAAUGGACGCUUUAUGGUGCAUCCAGAUUAUCCGAAAACACCACAUAUCUGUGACUUUGCAAAUAAUCCGUUAUCCGAUCGUCAAUCUGUUUUAUCGAGACGUGUAUUGGCUAAAAGACCUGUGAAUGGAUCGAUUUCUGGUACCUCAAUUCAUAAAACUUCUAAUUAUACCACUAAUCAAGAUACAAACUACCGAUAUAUUACAAUCGCUCCAUCAGAACGCUUUCCUUCGAAUAUUUAUGUAGUCGAGGAACCAGGAACUUGGCCCCAGGAUCCGGAAAUAACAUUAUCCGAUGAUAGUGAUAACGAGUAUGAAGCUCUUUCAAAGCUCGACAUUGAUCAAAAUAUCAAUGCAGUUACUUCUGUUGUUACUGGUUCUAGUUCUGACAUGCCAAGUGUUUCUGGAACUGAUUUUACAGCAAAACGAGGAAAACUUUCUCAGAUAUAUAGUUGCUCAAUUGUAGGAUGCAAUUUUACAACAUCAACAUUGGCUGAUCUUGACGUCCACUUAGGAGAACAUGAGUUACUUGAUGAAGAAGAAAUGCAAUAUGAAAUUUUUGGACAGGUAGAAAAUCCAUAUGGAAAUUUUGAAGCUGUAGAAAUCAUUGACGAUGUAAAUCUUUCUCAUCCAUUCAGGAAAAGGCAGAAAAUGAUAAGUCCAGAUAGUCACCUUCUAUUAGCAGCAGACGAUAAUGAAGUUGGAUGUAGAGAGGACUGUUUCGAAAAAUCGGAUUUACCAACCGAUGUACCAUCAGAUGAAGGAAUUCAACGAAACCCAGAGGAUUUGCGGGCCUCUGUCCGAAGGCAUUUGCAGGAUAUUGAACGUUCACUGGAGAACAUUGGAGUGAUGCAACUUUUGGAGAUCGAUGGGUAUUUGGUUCGAAUACAACAACGAUUAUGCGAGAUUCAAUCAUCUAACAUACGAUAUUUUCAGGAUGUUGGAGAUUUAUUGCAGAAUACAGAAUCUUCACACGAUGUUAGUUCGUUUUAG